AUGGCAGCACAGUGGGUCCUGCUAGGCCUGUGGAUUGCCUGCAUUGCCAGCCUUGCUGGGGCAUCAUUGCUGAACGUCUGCAUGGAUGCCAAGUACCACAAAGCCAAGCUGGGCCCGGAGGGGGAGCUUCAUGGCCAGUGCACCCCCUGGAAGGUCAAUGCCUGCUACACAGGCAACACCAGUACAGAGGCUCACCGGGACCAGUCCUACCUGUACCGCUUCAACUGGAACCACUGCAGGGUGAUGCCGCACAAGUGCAAGCACCACUUCAUCCAGGACACCUGCCUCUACAAGUGCCCCCCCAACCUGGGGCCCUGGAUCGUCAAGACAGACAGUAGCUGGCGGCAGGAGAGGAUCCUCCAUGUGCCGCUGUGCAAGGAGGACUGCGAGGAGUGGGGGGAGGACUGCAAAGACUAUGUCACCUGCAAAGAGAACUGGCACAAGGGCUGGAACUGGGCCACAGGAAUGAACCACUGUCCCUGGGGUACCGUGUGCCGGCCGUUCAAGCAGGUCUUCCUCCGUGCAGCUGACCUGCGCAAGAAGAUCUGGUCAGACUCCUACAAGUACACCACAGCACCACGGGGCAGCGGGCGCUGCAUGCAGAUGUGGUUCGACCCUGCCCAGGGGAACCCCAACGUGGCCGUGGCCAAGUACUAUUCCUGGGAUGGGAGAGCUGCUGCAGAUAUGGCUAGGAAACCUGUUGUGGGAGCCUCCUCUUCUCUGCCAGCCUCUCUCCCCAUCCUGCUGCCCCCUGCUCUGCUGGCCUUGAUGUGA